GUGAUCAUGCAGUCUUUCCUUGAAGAUUUCUAGUAUAAAAACCUGAAAGAUGUUGAACACAAGUUCAGUUGUAUUUCAACUUCCAAGAUGUUGAUUCUUAUUUUUAUGGUGCUGGUUCUAACUGAUAAUUCAGUGAUCGCCAAUAGUCAUUCAAACCGUUCGAUAGGUUCCGGUCAAUAUUCUAGAACCAAACGGGGGAGUAUUCCAUAUGUCUCAGUUCCGUUCCACGGAUGUCGGAUUACUUUGGAUGACGAAGAUUUUAGAAAGGCGCUGAUACUAGAAAAAGUUAACGGAAAAUACUUUUUCAAAAAACCAAAAAAAGGAUUGUUUGAGUGGAGAUACGGUGAACAAAUCUUCUUUAGUUGUGAUCGAAAAACUAAAAGUGCCGAAUGCGUGCAGUCAACAGACAUAUGGAAAUCAAAAAUUGAAUGUGAAAUAUCUGCGUAUCUUGAGACCAAGGAAAGUGUUUCCGAAAUGUUUGGCACCAACUACGAUAUUGGAUUCGAAAUUGACCAAAUCAAAAAAGACUUCCUGCCACUGUACAGCGUUCGCUACGACAAGCAGGAAUGUUCAACAACUUACUCCGUGCAUGCUUUGAAUGGUGCAUACUUUGGACCUGGAGAUGCUAAAAGACUGGAGAAGCAAGCUUUCAGUAAUUUCGCCUGCAAAGGACACACUGGAGAAAUUGACAAUCUUUACAAGAAAGACAAUCAAAACAACUUUUUACCCGAGAUGGAUAAAGACAAGUAUCCACUUCACAGAGGACAUUUGACACCAGAUCAAGAUAUGCCAGUUUAUCUUUGGAAACGAUCCACCUACACAUUUGCUAAUAUAGUGCCGAUAUUCAAUACAAUUAACUCCGAAGGUAAUUGGCAUAAGCUGGAAUGUUUGACGAAGGCUCUUGUAACUGCUAGAAAAAUGGAAUGUACCAUUUUUACCGGUGGUUUGAAUGUACCGGAGCUGCCUAAGCAUUUUCUGACUGGAACCAAAAUUUCGAUACCUCACUGGCUUUGGAAAGUGGUCAAAUGUGGCAAUGCAGGUUUUGUGGCCUUCGUUCGUAAUCUGCCCAAAGAAGAAGAUGGACUGGUUAAUCUAUGUAAAACGGACCAACUUAAAGUCAUAGGUUUCGAAGGCCUUUAUACAUCUACAGCCGAUCACGGGUUCAUACAUUUCUGCAAAUACACGGAUGUCAAAUCGGGACUGCUACCAAGUGCGGCACGUUUCACCACCCUUCUGAAGUACGAUUUGGUCAACUCUGAAAUACCAACUUGUUAAGUUCGAGUUUUUUUGGAAAGUCAAAAUAUAAACUGCAUUUUCGUAAAUGAGAAGGUUUGCCAAAUACUAAGCCUUACUGUGCGUCUAGA